CACUUUUAUUAUUAAAAUAUUAAAAUAAACAUAACCUGUUUCUUCAUAAUAACAAAAAACCUAACCAAACUUAACCUUUGGCGGGAGAAAAUUAUUCAAUAUUCAUCGAAUGAUCAAGUUUCAUGGGAGUUAUCCGUUUCAAAAACAUCCUCAAUGUUUUUAUCAGAAACUAUUGUGCAAAAGAUCAGAUAAUGCCAAAAUAUUUAAAUGUGGCCGAGAAAAAUGAUGCCGCGAAAAAUAUCGCAGCAAUAUUAUCCAAAGGAAACUCAAGCAGGAGAGAGGGAAAGUCCCCAUACAAUAAAAUAUAUGAAUUUGAAUGCAAUGUUCUUGGACAACAGUCUCGGAUGGUUAUGACAUCAGUUUCAGGACAUCUUCUGAAUUAUGCAUUUACACCACAUUUUAAAAGUUGGUUGGGAUGCAAUCCUGUUUCCCUUUUUGAAGCUCCUAUUAUUAAAAUUUGUCCUCCAGAUUAUGAAAAAAUAAAGGCAACCUUAGAGAGAGAAAUUAGAGGUUGUAAUGGUUUAAUAAUAUGGACUGAUUGUGAUAGAGAAGGAGAAAACAUUGGUUUUGAAAUUAUAAAGGUUUGUUCUGAUGUUAUACCAAAUUUAAGAAUAUAUAGAGCCAAAUUCUCUGAGAUAACUGGUCCCUCUGUGUUCAGAGCUUUACAAAAUUUAGGUCAGCCAGAUAAAAAUGUUAGCGAUGCAGUGGAUGUGAGACAAGAACUUGAUUUAAGGACUGGUGCUGCAUUUACUAGAUUGCAAACUUUAAGACUUCAAAAAGUUUUUCCUGCCAAAUUGGCUGAUAAGUUAAUCAGUUAUGGAUCUUGCCAGUUUCCUACUUUGGGCUUUGUUGUUGAUAGAUACCAGCAGAUUGAAAAAUUUAUUCCUGAAAACUUUUGGAAAAUAAAAAUGAGCCACACUGUUAAAGAAUUAACAACGGAUUUUACUUGGAAAAGAGAUAGAUUAUUUGACAAAAACAGUGUUGAAGCAAUUUUAGAUAUUUGCAAGGAAAACUCUCAGGCCAAAGUGGAGAGUGUUGAAAGCAAACCAAAAAGUAAAUGGAGACCAGUUCCUCUAGAUACUGUGGAAAUGGAGAAAAGUGCCUCUAAGAAACUUAGAAUGAAUGCAAAGGAAGCAAUGAAAGUGGCUGAGAAACUAUACACAAAAGGUUUAAUUAGUUAUCCACGUACUGAAACUAAUAUAUUUCCUAAAGAAUUGAAUCUCACUAAUUUAGUUGAGAUGCAAAGGCAGGACCACAACUGGGGUCUAUUUGCGACAAGGAUAAUGAAUGAAGGUGGACCAAAUCCAAGACAGGGUAAAAAGUCAGAUCAAGCCCAUCCCCCAAUACAUCCAACCAAAUAUGCCAACAAUUUAUCAGGGAAUGAACAAAAGCUUUAUGAAUUUAUAGUAAGACACUUUUUAGCGUGUGUCCACAAGGAUGCACAGGGUUUUGAGACGGUUGUUAAUGUGGAUAUAGCCGACGAGAAAUUUACUGCUAAAGGACUCAUCAUUCUAGAAAGAAAUUAUCUUGAUGUUUAUAUAUAUGAAAAGUGGAGUGGAAAAGAAAUAAACAACUACGCACAGGGUGAUACUUUUAUGCCCACAGUUUUAGAGAUGGCUGAAGGAACAACCUCUCCUCCAAAAUUGUUAACUGAAGCUGAUUUAAUCGCUUUAAUGGAGAAACACGGCAUAGGAACCGACGCCACUCAUGCCGAGCACAUCGAAACCAUUAAACAAAGAGAAUACGUGGGGUUACAUGAAAAUAUCUAUUUUGUGCCGGGGACACUUGGUAUGGGUCUUGUUGAAGGCUACAACAACAUAGGAUUGGAAAUCUCCCUGGCCAAACCGACGCUGCGCGCCGACUUCGAAAAUGAUCUAAAACUGAUCUGCGAGGGCAGAAAGAACGCAGAGGAAGUGCGAGUUGACCAAAUACGGAAGUACAAGGAGGUCUUUCAAAUGGUCGCAGAGAAGAUGCGGCUCAUCGAUGACAGUCUGGCGGUCCGGUUAGAUGACAGGCCACAAGAAGCUCCCCAAAAUAUCCAACAACAACAAGAGCAGCACAAUGUAUCAGUACUUAAAUGUCCUAAAUGUAAUAACGAUAUGUAUUUAAGGACUAAAAAAGAUGGUCAAGGAAGAUUCAUUAGUUGCUCUGGAUACCCCGGCUGUAAAAACGCUGUAUGGCUCCCUGCCUACAUCGAGAACGCAGAAGUAACUGAGGAACAUUGUCCUCAGUGCGGACCUGAUACGAGGAAAAUUAAAUUCAAAUUUAAACCUAAUCCUUUCCCUGGUGAGCCAAAUCCAAACACGUUGUGCAUCGGCGGUUGCGACUACAACAUUUGUCAAACUCUUGAUGUAAAUAUCUCCAACGUCAGACGAGAUAAUUCAAAUCAAACAAGAUCAAGUAACAGUAACCCAUCUGUAACUUCCAACAGCAAUAAUCGACCUGUCACAAACCGACCCAAUAACACCAUAAACAAUUGGUUAAAUGUUACAACAAACAGUCCCAACAAUACCAGAAACAACAACAGUAGCAGGAUCGAACCCACACAGUCAAGAAACACAGGUAGUUCUUCAAACAAUGCAAAUAGAAAUAGAAACUGGGUCUCCAGUGAUUUUCCAAGCACUUCAUCUGGAAACCGGUCAUCAUUAGAUCUCAUGGCUGGUCCGUCGAGUCGACCAACGAAUAGUUUCACCAACGACGGUAACUCGGACAACGAAAUUGUGUGCAACUGUAACAACCCAGCCGUACUGUUGACUGUUAGAAAGGAAGGAGCUAACAAAGGGAGACAGUUUUACAAAUGUGCCUCUAGCACCUGUAAUUACUUUCUGUGGGAUCCAAACGAUUCCCAGGGUCCGUCUACAUCUUUCAAUAACAGCAGUCAAGAUCAAGUGCCUCAGUGUAAUUGUCAUCUGCCGGCGGUUCAAAAGACAGUGCAAAAAGAGGGUCCUAACAAAGGCAGACAGUUUUAUUGUUGUUCCAAACCUAUAGGUCAAGGCUGCAAGUUUUUCCAGUGGUGCGAUGAGGAUGGUAAUACAGGAGGUGGAGGUGGCGGUGGUGACGAUUGGGGUGGAGGUGGAGGCGGAGGCAGAGGCAGAGGUCGAGGAAACAGUUCGUGGAAAGGUAAAACUAAAGGAAAGAACACCAAACGGUCUGCACCCUAUGAUGGUCAAACAAAAGCAAAAAGAAAGUGUGGGUUAUGUGGUGAAGAAGGUCACAUGAGAAACAAAUGUCCAAAUGCAUAGUUUAUAUUUUAAGUAUAAAAUACAAAAAAUAAAAAAAAAUAAUUUA